AUGUCAGAUCUGCCUCACAGGGAGCUGAGAUGGGUUAGGAGGUGUGUGCACACUGCCAAACUCAGGAGUGGGGGCACUUCCUGUCCCCUUCACAUCCCAGCUCAGUGUGUGACCUUGGGAGCACCAUCACCCUGCAUCUCUGAAUGGCAGCCUCCCUUGGCAUCCUUCAGGCACCUGUCACAGGGCAGAUUACACAACAGCUGUGUAGACAAGCAGACGUGUAAUCCGCCAUCCAUCUGUUCAGGGUCGUCUGUCUGCCUCCCUCUUCUCUCAGCUAACUUCUGGUUGACAGAGAGCAAGGCCACAGUUGGAGCCCAGGGUGAGCUCACGGGCCUGCUCUGCAUCCAGGGCUGGGGGCUUCAUCACCCAGGCUGUGUGGAGUGA